CUAUGUAAACUCCAUGUUUUGGAAACGCCCACUUAGGCUUACAAAGAAGUCGCCUCCACUACGGGCGGAGACCACGACGAAUUCCAUUCUACAUGAAUUCGAAGACCGAUCUUCUUUGCGGUUGAUUCUUUCUUGUUGUAACCAGCGCUUUCAAACCAGUAUUCGCGGAAAAUGUACAAUAAUCAGGAAGCUCACGCCAUGUUUCCCCCGCAGGGGUCAAAUUUCCUAGGAGCCACCGCGCCCCCUGCCAGUAUGUUCGACAAUGUGCCUGGGUAUGAGGGCACAGCCAUGGGAGGUGGUGGCGGAUACCUACCUCCACCCGCCCCUGCUUAUCCUCCACCUGCGCCUGAACCUUCACCAACACAACCGGAGUGGAAUAUCCCGUCGAUCAGCGAGGACACCGCCCGCGAAGCCUUUCGCCUGUUCGUGUCGAACCACUGCUGCUGGAGCAGUGGCCCUGCCAAGGACGGCAUGAUCACCGCCAUGGACUCCUUCAACACGUACCGGUACCGCCUGGAGACGUUCACCGAGGCCAGGGCCACAGAGUGGGCUCACGAGCAGUACAACGGUCAGCCUGUGAACGCCUAUACGCAGCCUGCUCCAGGGCCCUGGGACAUUCAAGUGCAACCCCCCGCCCACUUUCAGGAGCAGAGCACACACGUCAUGGUUCCUUACACCUCUUCGGUCAAGGAAUGCCAUGAGUGCCUGGGCCGGGGCAGGGAGCCCUGCUCGGAAUGCGCCGGAGCCGGAAACAAAGUGUGCUGGGUGUGCAAUGGGGCUGGAGUGCGGACCGGGGACGACCAGUGCAACCACUGUAACGGGAGAGGAAGAGAAAACUGCUCCGCGUGCCAAGGGCACGGGUCCAAAGAGUGCGACGCCUGCAGAGGCAAGCGGCAGCUCCACGUCUACAUCCAGCUCAACGUCAAAUGGACCAAUAACAAGGAUGACUUUGUCGUGGAACAGUCAAGUGGUUUGAAGGUUGAGAACUUGAACUCGGUGUCUGGGAAAGAACUCUUCAAAGACACGCAGUACCUGGUGUUCCCGGUGAUGGGGUUCCCCGAUCCGGCAGUGGGACAGGCCGCAGAGAGGCUAGUGAGGGAACAUCAGAACAAGUACUCCCAAUCAGCACGCAUCCUGCAGCAGCGACAGACUAUAGAACUGAUUCCCAUCACCAAAGUGACGUACAAGUGGAAAGGCGGUACACACACCUACUUUGUCUAUGGGAACGAGUUCCUGGUCAGCACCGAGGACUACCCAGCUACCUGCUGUUGCACUGUCAUGUAAUUACUCCUUGUGUAUGAAAACAAUGAUGACUGUACUAAAUUGCUGCCAAACCAUAGAUAUUCACCCUCUGUAUGCAGUGUACCAUAGAAUAGUAUAGCAAAGCAAAAUAGAAUGCAAAAUUUAGGUUAGGCAGCUGUUGAUUACUUUAGGAGUCAAGAGUAUUUUAUGCAGUGUUAUGACUAUAUAAAUAUGUCUACGUGUGUAUUCGGAACAGAUUAUCCUACAUCUAUCUCUUUUUGCAUGCGCCAUCUCAUUGUGGAAUUGGCAAUUGCAAAUUAUGCCUUGUGUUUUUGAGUGCAAAGGUCAGCCACUGAUACCGGUUGAGAGCCAAAAGAGUCUGAAAAUGUAUUCAUUGGUUGUGAGCGUUUACCCCUUUGCAGAAAUGGUGCAACUGGGACUAGCUCGCUUGCUAACAUCCAAAAAACAAAGCUGUGCGUAUUUCAUUAGCUGCUGGUGGGAGCUUAUGAUGUAGAAAAUAGUUUGUUGGCUAUCUGGCUAAGUUAAAUGUGGAAAAACUAAGAGUAACAUGUUAGAAAUGCUUUGGGUGGUGAAACAGGUUUGCACUGUAUAUUAUGGGAUUUUGAAGGUGAGAGCUUUCAUUGUGUCGGAGGGACACAGAACUGACUUCGCUACAUCCAAGGAACAGAGUGGCCAAAUAAUUCUGUUACAAAGCUGCUAUUCAUGACCCUUUGGCCAACCACAACCUGGAGAGUUUCAGCAAAUGAUGUUGCAUCUGGAAUGUCUUUCAUUCUGAGAUGUGUGUUUUAUUUUACUGAAGUUAUCCUUGCUUGUGUGAUGUGAAACAGAAUACCAGUUAACCUCAGAACCUUUAACCCAUCUCCACAGUCCUAAGUGCCAGAAAACAGGAAAUUAUUCACUCUCUUUAAAAAUGAUUACAUUGACUUUUGACUUUUCCUCGGUGGGGUUGGGGGGGGGGGGGGGUCAGGGCUAUGGUUAUCAUGUAAAGUAUUCUGGCAGUCUGUUAAAUUUUUUAAAAUAUAUAUAUGUGAAAGGUGCCUAUAAAACAUUUAAUCAGAAGAUGGCUGAAUCUAACCUUUACUGGACUUUUACUGCCUUUUAAAUGUAAUUCUGAUCUAUUCAUGUUUGUGCUGUAUUGAUUUGACACAUUGGGUAGAGUACCACUACUGUCAGGAAACGAGGUGCUGAAGACCAUCAUUGGAUGUUCGUCGUUGGGUGAUCUUCACAAAAGGCCGAGCUAGUCUUUUAGUCUUCCACAUCAUUUUUUAAAACUGUUGAAGCCUUGAAUUUCAAGUGAAAGGUUCAGCCACACAUUAUUCACCCUCUGUACACAAUGUACAGGUUUGAUGCAAUGAGGAGUGGCAACCACAGAAAUGUACUCAGUGAGGUUUGACAAGCCUGAAGUAAAUCUGGUAUUUAGACUGGGUUUAAAGUAUUCUUCUCUCUCUAACCACUGGUUUCCCUCUGGAAGCUGCCUUUAAAGCCUGGACGGCCAGAUUGAGAUGCACGUCGUGUCAAAUGUUGUAGCCUAUACAGAAAUAAAGAUGCAAAAAUGUUGUGUAAAUCGCCAAUAAAUAAAAUGGAAAGGAUCAGA